UCGUUCAAGUUCAACAGGAAGUUUCUUCAACACAAAGCUGUGAGAAAGGAAGUUACCGAGCAGAUUUUCAGUCUAAGGAGUCUGCAGUGGAGCCAGGACACGGUGGUGAGAGUUUUCCUUAUUGUGAAGCGUCUCCAUGAUGAGACGUCAACAGAAGAAGGUCAGAAGGUAAAUAUGGAGGUAAACCAGCAGGAAGGAGAUGGAGAAGCUGCAGCCAGAGGUGAAAACCCAAGCAGAACCUCCAAGCUGCCAGCAGAGAGAGUAGUUCUGCUGGUUCUGGUCGGUCUGCUGGCUGCUGCUCUCAUCAUCAUCUUCAGACUCUCUUUCGAUAAAAUACAAAUGAAUCAAACCAUCAAAACCCUGGAAGAGGAGAAUGAAGCUCUGAGGAGAAAUCAGUCAGAUAAAAUGUGCCUGAAAUGGGCCAAAGACUGGGACCAAUAUGAAGAAAAAUGUUAUUACUUCAACUUCAUCAAAUCCUCCUGGAAUGACAGCAGACGUUCCUGCGCUGAUCUGGGAUCAGACCUGGUGAAGAUCGACAGCAGAGAGGAGCAGAUGUUCCUGAACAAAAGACUGAGAGACCUGAUGGUGGAUGAUGAGGACAAGUUCUGGAUCGGACUGACGGACUCAGGGGAAGAAGGCAGGUGGUUCUGGGUGGACGGAUCUCCUCUGGACGAAAGGUUUCAUUGA